UUCCAACUCGCUCGCCCGAUUCUUCAUAAACCUCGAAGAUCGACUCAGUGUUCUUUCGUCUCUUUCAGGGUUUAGGGUUUAGGACUGGAUCGUUUAACAAUGAGCAUUGCAAAUGGAUUGAUUAGUAGAAAAGAACAACCUCUUUUCUCUUUUGGAGUAAUUUCAGAUGUUCAAUAUGCUGAUAUUCCUGACGGCAGGUCAUUCUUAGGAGUUCCUAGGUUUUACAGACAUAGCAUUCUAGUUUUGAGAAGAGCUGUUGAGGAUUGGAAUAGCAGAAACAAACCUAAGCUGAAAUUUGUCAUCAAUUUGGGAGAUAUUGUAGAUGGGUAUUGCCCAAAAGAUCAAUCUUUCACUGCUGUUAAGAAAAUUGCAGAUGAAUUUGCCUCUUUCGACGGUCCAGUCUAUCAUAUGAUCGGUAACCAUUGCUUAUACAAUCUAACUCGCGAUAAAUUACUCCCGGUUUUGAAAAUCCAAACACCUGAAAACCUAGCCUAUUACGAAUUCUCUCCUGUCCCUGAAUUUCGAUUCGUUGUUCUAGAUGGUUUUGAUGUCAGCGCUAUCGCUUGGCCUCAAGAUCAUCCAAACACGAAGGCAGCCGUGGAUUUCCUUGUGGAGAAGAAUCCUAAUCUUGAUAAGAACAGUCCAAUUGGUUUGAAUGGUUUGGAACGAAGGUAUCUUAUGUUUAAUGGUGCUGUUGGGAAAGAACAGUUGGAAUGGUUGGAUGGAAUUCUUAUGGAAUCGACGAAAUUGAAUCAGAAAGUCGUGUUGUGUUGUCACUUGCCUUUGGAUCCGAACGCGUCUUCUCCAGAAGCUUUGUUGUGGAACUACGACGAAGUGAUGAAUUUGGUUCAUAGAUAUAAAUGUGUUAAGGCUUGUUUUGCUGGACAUGAUCAUAAAGGAGGACAUUCGAUUGAUUGUAAUGGAAUUCAUCAUCGCGUUCUUGAAGCUGCUUUGGAAUGCCCUCCAGGAACCGAUGCCUAUGGGCGUGUGGAUGUUUUUGACGAUAGGAUAUUGCUUUAUGGUACCGAUCGGAUGAAGAGCACGGAAAUGAUUUUCGCGCUAUAAAAGAGUUGAAAAUUGUACAUUAUUUUUUCUAGGAUUUGAACAGCAUAAACAGCUAUUAGCAGGCUUGUUUAUAGGUAAUUAAUUAACAAUGAUUCUUCAUAUUUAACAUAUAAUAAUAUUAUCUUGCAAUUUUAGCACUUUAAAUAGCU